UAAUCCCUCGAUGGUGCAAGGUCUAGAAUAGUGCGCAUCCAGAUUAGCAUCUUCCAACUAAGCCAAGAUGUAUCUCGAGCUAGCCACACUUGCAGUGACCUUAUUCAUCGUUUAUCAUCUGUUCUUCGAGUUCAGAGAAGGUAACCUCCCCCCGGGACCACGUCCACUGCCGCUGAUCGGUAAUCUAAAUCUACUGAGCAACCAAAUGCACUUGGACUUUGCUGCACUCGAGAAAACAUACGGGAAGAUCUUUCGCGUGUAUCUAGCACACAAGCCGAUUAUUGUUCUAAGUGGUGAUGCUAUCAAAGAAGCACUUGUUCGGCAGCCGAGGAACUUUGCAGGACGACCACUUUUGCCAAUAACAGAAGAGGUGGUUGAUAAAAAAAGGGGCAAAAGUUUAUUUGCUAUGGACUAUGGAGAGAGAUGGCGCAUAUUUCGUAAGCUUGGUCAUUCAACCAUUAAAGUCUACGGCGAAGAUCGAUUGCAGGAGGUGAUCAAUGAAGAAGUGUCCGAGCUCUGUAAGCGUCUUGAAGAGAGCGACGAGAAACCGAUUGAUAUUACGAAACAGUUCGGCACAGCUGUCACUAACGUAAUCUGCACUAAGAUAUUUGGCAACCGUUAUGACAUUAACGACCCGGAGUUUCAGAGACUUUACUACAUCAACGACAAAUCUACACGUUUGAACAUAGGUGAGGGAUGGUUGAAAGAGGCGUUUCCUUUCCUUAAGCCAUUUCUUCCUUAUAGUCAGCAAGUAAAGGAAAUAAAGGAGCUAGACCAAGAGCGGUUUGUGAUCAUGAAAGCAAAGUACGAUGAGCACGUCCAGACAUUUGACCCAAAUCACAUUCGUGAUUACACAGACGCGCUACUGAAAGCGAAGCAAGAAGCAGAGGAAGAAGACAAGUCGAGCAAAGAACACUUCGGGGAAGGCCCCAUCAUCAUGGCAGGCCUUGUUACGUUAUUCCUCGCGGGCUCUGAGACCACAACCACUACCCUCAGCUGGGCAAUCGCCUACCUCCUUCACAACCCUGGCGUCCAGGCACGCCUGCACAAGGAAAUUGACCAGGUAAUCGGUAAAGAUGUAUCCCCAAAGCUAUCCCAGAGGACGAAUAUCCCGGUACUCGAGGCAUUCACCGCAGAGACGCAGCGCCUGUCGAAUCUGGUCCCACUCUCGUUACCGCACAAGACCACUUCUGACUGUACCCUCCUGGGGUAUGAAAUCGCUAAAGGCACCACUGUGUUCACAAAUCUCUGGUCGCUUCACCACGACCCCAGUAUCUGGAAGGAACCAGACACGUUCAACCUGGACCGCUUCCUGGACGCCAAAGGAAAAUUCCAGGCACCUGUUGGAGGUACCUUCCUGCCGUUUGGUGCCGGCCCGAGGGUGUGUCUAGGAGAGGUCUUGGCUCGCUCUGAGCUCUUCCUCUUCCUGGCCACACUUCUGCAGCACUUUGAGUUCGUAAACCCGCUUGGUUGUCCUUUGCCCUCCCUAGAGGGGGACAUGGGUGUUGUUUUACACCCCAAACCGUUUACUGUUUGCGUCCGUAAGCGUCGUGAUCAGUAGCUACACCUCACAUAUCACACUACACUAUAUGCGAAGUUUUAAAUUCAAAUAUAGCGAUAAAGUAUGUAUAAAAAAACCCAUUAUUACCCGAGCAGUAACUUGAUGGAUGUGUCUUUAUGAACGAUAGCAACAAGGAUGGCGACAGCAGACAGCAAUUGAAACUCACAAGCCAGACAUGAAAUCCAUUCAGUCUGGUAUUUUUUAGCUCUUCUCCAUAAUACGAGGACCACGCCAAAGAACCAAGAUUCACAGUCUCUCGAGGAGAUAGGCAUUUUGUACUGUAAACCAAUAAAUCUGGGUUCGCUAAAGUAGAAAUAAACCUUAGGGAAUGUG